GGGGAGGAACCCUACGGUGAGAAUGGCUUGUGUCAGUAUGCGCGGAAGAUGACUGCCUGUUUUGGACAUUUAGGUAAACCAAAUCAGAUGUGCAUGUGGAUUAUUUGGUGUGCGUUAUGUCACGGAACUGUUUUGUCAAGCUUACAGUGAAUAGCUGAGUGUCUGUCACCCUGUAAGCGAUUUGUUUGUGCCAAAGGUGGAAAACCAAGCUGCAUGCAUGGCGUCAUUGUGCAAGAAGUGGAAAGCUUUUGUUUCCUUUCCGUGUGAGAACUCGGUCUUUUGCUUUCCCUCUUGCUGUUUUCUUUAUCUUAAAGUGUUAUUUGGGGCUAUCUACCUCUGUAUGUGGUGUGUUAUCCUCUGAAGUGAUAUGAGGAGGAAAAAGGAAGAUUUCUUUGUUUUACCUUAUUGUCUGUGUUUUUAUUUCUGUUUUUCCUUUGCAGGUAGGUUUUGCUGAACUACGAUGAUUGACUGAUUUAGUUUUGUUUGUUUUUCAGUACAAGAAUAAAAUCGCACUGAAAUCUAUCAGCAGGAAGUUUAAUUGUGAUGACAAAAGCUAUUAAGGACAGCACAUUUCUGUCCUCUACUGAGCUAAAUGACCAGUUUAACUCUGAAUGUAGCUCAGAUGGGAGGGCUCUCUUCAGCUAUUUUAGCCCUUGGUCUCUAAUUUGUGCUGUUUUUCAGCAGAAUCCUAUAGCAGGUGCUUGCUACUUGUUGUGCUGUUUAUCUAAUGAUUGCAGUCAAAGUUUGCUGUUACCUCUGUUCUAGUAACAUUAGUAGAGCAGUGUAAUCCUGGUUGUGUAUUUUUGCCACAGGGCAGCCUGUAGUUUCAGCAAAGUGAGGCAGGGUUGAACAGGAAAUGGUCUAGAGAUGAAAGGAAGCAUUUAUAAUUAAAAUAUUUAUAAAACUAGUAAUGAGAUCAAAUAUUUACAGUAACUAAUUUGCCUAAUUUCUGUCUCAUAUCCAGUCCCCUGAGAAAUGUCAGUCUGAAAAGUGAUGGUACGUGCAGCUGUGCUCUGUGAAGACUCAAGCCCCAACACUGUGUGCUCGGAGGAGGCAUGGCUUUGAAUUGGCAGUCAUUUUAGAAUAUUUUAAUACUUGGCAGAUGCUGAGGAGAUUUCAGUGCUACUUCUGGGUUGGGCACCCACGGCUCCUGAGAAACAUGAGGACUAAGUUGCGUCCUUAUGCUUCUGUUUCCCUUCAGCAAGGGCAUUAGAAAUCAAUCUCUUCCAUUUAAUCUUAGGGUCUUAACAUAAGCAGUAGGAGCUUGCCACUGUCUUUUUUGAUUCUGGCUGAAGCCAAAUCCUAAUGCACAAGGUUGUCUCAGACACUGACAGCAGUAGUCAGCCAGGAAGGGGAGAUCAGUGGAGUAGCCUCUGAGAAGGGUGACCUUAUUUCCAAUAAUUAGUGUGCUGAAUGUUUCUAUGGUGACAUGCUUGCCUAAACUGAAGUAUACCCAUGUACCCCCCCCACUAAUCCCAUGAAUUUUUAUGCUGGAAGGAGGCCAGGUGGUGAUUCAGUGUUAUCCAGGAGGGUAAACAUACAGAAACAUCUCCACACAUGGUUAAAAGCACCAGUAGAGGCUUCAUAUGUCUUUUAUGGUGUAUGACUGUGGGAAAGGAGUGCAGUUUCUUCUGACGAGCACCACACAACAGAUCAUACCGGUUGGGUACAUCUUGCAUUAGUGGGCACAAUGACUGUCUAGGUAUGCAUUGCUGAAAGGUGGCAAUCAACCUGGCUAGAGCAGAGCUGGCAGUCACUCAGGUCUGUGCAGUCAAUGAAGGACAGGCUUUUCUACUACGUUUUAGGUAAACAAACUGUCACAACUGUUGCAGGAAUUGAUAAAGUUACUGCAGAGCUCACCUGCCAGCCCUCUGAGAAUUAAAGUGCCGGCAGAGUUAUGUCAGGCCAGCAGUGCUCUUGCUUCACCUACCUACCCAGGGCAAAGUCCUCCUCGAAGUGUUGGUGAGGUUGGGUAAUUGGCACUGCUUUUGCCAGAUGUGUGUACCCCACUGACAUCUUUGCCAGUUCUGCUUUGCUACACUGAGACAUGAAUGCGCUCUGCUGUGAGUCAGCCCUCUGCUUUAAGCACAAAGUGGUGAUCCACCUUCAGCUGAAGGAGCAGCAGCUGUGGUUACUUUGGGAGAUGAGAUCUGCCUGUUGAACUGUGAUUUUUGGGUUUCUUGAUAUGACAGAAAAGUCCUGGUACUUAUACAAUGAAAGGCAAGUCACCUCACGGGGAAGGAAAACGGUGUGAUAGUAGGUGAUGGAAGGCUGAGUCUGUGAGGUGGUCUGUUCUUUAUAAAACAGUAAGUAAAGCAGUCUUCUCUUCCAAGCCUGUUCCCAUCAGUACAUAGAGCUUGAACGCUGGGUCUGAGAGGAAGAGUUUUUCACCUUCAGAUUUAGCAAAAGCCUUCCAGGCAACAGUGCAAUUACUGUACCAAGCCAUUCUGUAGCUGUAUCCAACUUCUGCUUGUUAAGGGGAAUUGGCAGCCUGGGCUGACUGUUGUCUCAGGGAAUGCAGCAGAAUACAGAAUCUGAGGAUGGCCCCGAGCAAGGACUUGUCUGGGGUCCACCUGUAACUCCCUGUUCCACAUGAUGAAUGUGGUUUACUUUUUCAUUCCCUUUUAUCUUUUGCUUUGGAAUUUCCUGUGACUUUCCAGAGCCCAGUUGAUGAUUAACUCUGCCUUUGCCCAGGGAGAAAUAUUCAUUAGAUGAUUAGAUUAGCAAGCCACUGGAAUUGGAUUAAGGUAAAUACUUCUUGUAAGUGAAGCAGGAAGAGUUGGCACAGUAUCUGCAGAGCUUCUCCUGUCAGCUAUACAGGAAAGUGGAAGGGAAGAGCUGGUGAGCCAGUCAUGAAUAGUUAGGGGAAAGCUUAAGUGCUUUUGUGUGUAAUAGUCAGUGAAAGCUGCGGGCAGGAUUUCUCCAAGGAAAUCUGCUUAUGAAGUAGAGUCAGCCAGCCUUUAUACACUCCAUCAGAGACGAGCAUGCUCUACCUUUACUGUAACCUUUUGUCCGUAGCACACGUGCAGACCUGGCAUCAAAAUGGGGGCAUGGUAGAUUAAAAGCACAGAUGUGCAUUUGUAGCUUACGAUGAUGAUUCCUCCCUAAUAAGAUUUUUAUCAGAGCGAGAGUUUUUUGUUUGUUUGUUUUGCAACUAAUCCUCUUACGUACCUCAGAUAAAUUCUUUCUCUUGUCCUGAAUAUUAAUCUGAUUUUUCAAAUACUCUUUAUGGUUUUGCUUCAGACUUUUGCAUUCCCAGGGAUGAGUAGCAACUGAUUACAAUAGUUUUAGAUGGCAGUCACCUGAUGAAGCAUACUGUCAUAAUCUCUUGAAGAUAAUCACUAAAAAUAUAUCUUCCUUAAUCCCCUUUGCUGGAUAAGAGAAAAAGAGAAGGAUUGAUAAGGACAGUGUGCCACAGUGGUAGGCUGAUUGUGCACUACGGGUUGCUUUCCGUAACUUCUUCCCAAUAGAAAUGCCAUCUUUCCCCAUCCUAAACAGCUUCGGGAAGCUGUGUGGAUCGAGUAAAAGUAAAGAACUGGUGCUGGAAAAAGUGAAAUACAGAAAUUCAGUCAGAAGGAUGUCAGUUAUUGAGGAUGGGGAUAUUGCAGAGGUCCUGUAUCUCAUUCCGAAGCAGAGCUUACUGAAGCAACUGCCCUACUUGAAUCCAGAUGACUACUACUUGUGCGAGCGGUUAUUUGGUGGUCCUGAGGAUCUGGUGGCCCAUCCUCAAGAGCCCCAUCACCCAUCUGAAAAGCCAGUCAUCCACUGCCAUAAGUGUGGAGAGCCAUGUAAAGGUGAAGUACUCCGUGUUCAGUCCAGACACUUUCACAUCAAAUGCUUCACCUGCAAAGUGUGUGGCUGUGACUUGGCACAAGGAGGCUUUUUCAUUAAGAACGGGGAAUACCUUUGCACCUUGGAUUACCAGCGCAUGUAUGGUACCCGCUGCAACGGGUGUGGGGAGUUUGUUGAAGGAGAAGUAGUGACAGCUCUGGGAAAAACUUACCAUCCAAACUGCUUUGCCUGUACAGUUUGCAAGCGUCCAUUUCCACCAGGUGAUCGAGUUACCUUUAAUGGAAGGGAUUGUCUCUGUCAGCUGUGUGCUCAGCCAAUGUCCUCCAGCCCAAAAGAACUGUCUGCCUCAAGCAAUUGCGCUGGUUGUGGAAGAGACAUAAAAAAUGGACAAGCAUUGCUAGCUCUGGAUAAGCAGUGGCACCUGGGGUGCUUUAAGUGCAAGGCCUGUGGGAAGGUCCUGACUGGGGAAUACAUCAGCAAAGAUGGUGCUCCUUAUUGUGAAAAGGACUAUCAGGUUCUUUUUGGAGUCAAGUGUGAAGCAUGUCACCAAUUCAUUACAGGGAAAGUACUAGAGGCAGGUGACAAGCAUUAUCAUCCCAGCUGUGCACGAUGCAGCAGGUGCAACCAAAUGUUCACAGAAGGAGAAGAAAUGUAUCUGCAAGGUUCCACUGUCUGGCAUCCCGACUGUAAGCAAUCCACUAAGACUGAAGAUAAGCUACGGCAUUCCUCAUCUGAGUUCUUUUAUCCAAAGAGUCUGGUUCUGCGCAGACCACGCUCUGCAGAGCUGUUAUCACCGCCUUGCAUAAUGAACUCUAUCAAAAAACUAAGGCAGCCUACCAGAACAUCAUCAGAAAGUAUUUAUUCCAGACCAGGUUCCAGUAUACCUGGCUCACCGGGCCACACUAUCUAUGCAAAAGUAGACAAUGAGAUCCUUGAUUACAAGGAUUUAGCAGCCAUUCCCAAAGUCAAGGCCAUUUAUGACAUUGAACGUCCAGACCUAAUUACUUAUGAGCCAUUCUACACUUCCGCCUACGAGGACAGACAGGAGAGACAGAGUCUUGGAGAGUCUCCACGGACAUUAUCGCCUACUCCUUCUGCAGAAGGUUAUCAAGAUAUUCGGGAUCGCAUGAUUCACAGGUCUACUAGUCAGGGCUCUAUUAAUUCUCCAGUGUACAGUCGCCAUAGCUACACGCCCACCAUGUCACGUUCCCCUCAGCACUUCCACAGACCUGAGCUGCUCUCUACUGGUGUGCAGCGGUUGUCAUACCUGCGCACUAGCAGUCUCAGCUCCACUCACCAUGACUCCCGCCCCAACUCCCCCUUCCGACACCACUUCAUCCCCCAUGUCAAAGGCAAUGAGCCGUCCAGCGGUCGGAACUCCCCUGUCCCCUAUCGGCCAGACAGCCGCCCUCUCACUCCAACUUACGCUCAGGCCCCUAAACAUUUCCAUGUUCCAGAUCAAGGUGUCAACAUUUACAGAAAGCCACCAAUCUACAAGCAGCAUGAUGCAGCUGCUUUGGCAGCACAGAGCAAGUCCUCCGAGGAUAUCAUCAAGUCCUCCAAGUUCCCAGCAGCUCAUGCACCAGCACCCAACGAGAUACCAAAGAUUGAGACGGACCACUGGCCAGGUCCUCCCUCCCUUGCAGCCAUAGGAGCGGACAUGAGACGCAGGUCAAGUGGAAGAGAGGAAGAUGAUGAGGAGCUACAGAGACGCCGACAACUGCAGGAGGAGCAGCUCAUGAAGCUUAAUUCUGGGCUUGGACAAUUGAUACUGAAAGAAGAGAUGGAAAAGGAGAGGUCAGCCCUUUCUGCCAGUCGUUACGAUUCUCCAGCCCAUGCUUCAGCCUCCAAAACCUCUUCUCUUCCUGGCUAUGGAAAAAAUGGACUUCACAGGCCUGUGUCUACAGAUUUUGGUCAGUACAACAGUUACGGGGACGUGAGUGGUGGUGUUAGAGACUUCCAGUCCCUUCCGGAUGGUCAUGUCCCUGGAAUGAGAAUGGACAGAGGAGUAUCUAUGCCUAACAUGUUGGAGCCAAAGAUUUUUCCAUAUGAAAUACUCAUGGUGACCAACAGAGGGCGAAAUAAAAUACUAAAAGAUGUAGACAGAACCAGGCUGGAGCGUCACUUAGCACCUGAAGUUUUCCAAGAGAUAUUUGGCAUGACGAUACAGGAGUUUGACAAGUUACCUCUCUGGAGACGCAACGACAUGAAGAAAAAAGCAAAACUCUUUUAAUCUCCCUUUAAACAAACAACUGAAAAUGAUGCGUAGGAUACUGUAUCAUACAACCCAAACUAUUUGGAAGCAGCCACUUACCCACCAAAAAGGGAAAAUCGCAUAGUGGCACCUCUACACACAGCAAUUGAACAAGACGAACCUUUGCCCUCCUGGAACACAGGGAGAAAAUAUCUGGGCUGAGAAACAACAGUGCUAAUUUUCAGAGGUGUCGGCCUUUUACAUGAUAAUGUACAAGAUAGGAAACUUUUCUUCUCCCUCAAUGAUAUUCCCUUUACUUCUCUCCAUAACAUGAUGGAACUUUAUUGCUAGAGCCAGGAAGUGCCCUUAGGAUGCCUUGUAGACUAAAGUAGUUGUAACCACUCCAAGAACUGGAAAAGAAAUAUAUAUAUAUAUAAUAUAUAUAUAUGUAUGUGUGUUUGUGUGUGUGCGCACAUGUAUUUAUAUCUACUCACCUGUGUAUGUAUGUGUAUAUAUGUGUAUAUAUGGAGAGAACGAUAGAUACUCCAUAGUGAAGGAGAAGUCCUUUGUAACACAUCCAUAUGGUUAUGUCCAGUCUUUCACACAACUGUUUCUUCACUGGCAAUCUUUUGCAGCUGCAUCUUCUUUGUGUGAUACUAUCUGCCAAGGUGGGCACUUGGCUCACCUACGUGCAUACCAGUUGAAUUCUUGGAAAGCGGACUCCUUGUAUAUAUUUGCUAGGAUAUAGGAAGUGAAUUGCUGUGUCUGUUGUCAGUCUUCCCUCUUCCACACUUUCUGCUUGAAUUAAUAAGGCUGGAGCUUAACCAGUCAAAUAACAUAAGAUGACCUAAGUAAUGGGAAUGAUGGAGAAGAGUCAGUUUUCUUGUAAUUUAGUCCAGGAGAUGGGUGGGUGAAGGUGGGAAUGACAGAGUGAGAAAAUGCUUUUUUAAGUGUGCCCUGCUUCACACCAGAGAUUUUGGACAGACUCCUUGCUAGUAAUUAAUUACUGGUACAGCUCCUUAGACUGCAGUGGAUUUUACGUCAGCAGGGAAGAUGGUUCUCUGCAAGCCAACAUACAUUUUCAUCCCUCUUUAGGAGGGAUGUUUAUGAAUUAAAAGGUACCACCAUGGUGCCAUGCUUUGCCAAUAGAGGCUUUUUGAUUAAAUUGCAGUUGCUGUUGUCAAUAUGGCACAGUGCAUGGGGCCAAGCACUCCCUUUUUAGUUAAUUUUUCACUUCUGCUUGGAAAAGAAGGUGCAGUAUCUUUUUUUUCCUCUCUUGAAGCUUCAAAGCUCCAGCCUUGGUUAUUUUUAUUUCCCUUUGUGCCUGACUUGGUUUAUGAAGACAGAGAAAUCAUGCAAAGUGGUUUCUGAGCUGCAUUGAACUCCUUAUUGCUUUCAGUCUUCUUCCACUAUGUUGCAGCUUGAAAAAUAACUGCCUAUAUAUAUAUAUAUAUCUUAACUGCUUCCGGGCAGGUCCUAUACCGAGAAGGACAUGAGCACCAAAGUAACUGAAUGAAUGCAUUGUGGCUGCAGCAUCAGCUUUUUCUCUUCCUUGAUGCUUAACUGCCAAUGCAAGCUGCACUAAUGACCAUCUCCUUGUAUCGGAGAAAGUCAUUUAGGUUCUGUGUCUGUCAAAGAAUAUCAAGGUUUCAUUCUUUACGCAGAAACUUUUGGCACUGGAGGCAUCAGAACCUUUGUAUUUUCUGUUACAUUAGACAUUAGAGUUAAAAUCUGGAAGUCAGGAAGAGGAAACAGUCCCAUGUAGUUGUGAGGUUCACUAUCACUGUGUUGAGUUCUAUAUGUCACCAAAUGGCAUUUUACCAUGAAAUGUGCAGGACAGCCCACAUCCUGCCCCGUCUUUGCUGGUUUAGGAAGUCCUAUUGGAGCAGAUCACCGUGGUUCAUGAGCUCCAUGCUCUGGAGCUAAGUGAAUGGUGAGUGCAAGGGGCGUGCUUGAGAAUGUUCUCACAUGCAGACCUGGCAGCAUUGUCCCCACUGAACACAGGUCCUCACUGAACACUGUACCACGCCGUUGGGUGUGGUUUAGCUCUCUGGACUUCACUGAGAUUACAGCAAGGAUCAGUUCAACAUGUUUUACUUCGUUUUUCAGAACAAGCAUCUGAAAUGGCUUUAGAGGAACACUGAGAAGCAAGUGGGAGCUAGGGGCACUGGCAGCUGGAGAUGCAUUUUUGAGUGAUUGCUGAAACCACAUCCAUGCAAUGGAAGGACAGCAGCAUUUUACAGUCAUAAGCUUUGUGAGCACUAGUCUCUGAAAUUCGGUGCAUGUUACCUGCAAAUUGUGGCUUUAUGUUGAGAAGAACACUUGGAUUUGAUCAUUUAAAGCAUUAAUAUUCUCCAAAUUUUACCAAUCCGUAUCCUGUAGGUGAUGCUGCACUGCUGCCGCUCCACAGUGGGCUUUGUAGGUAUCUCAAGCCACCUUGACAACAGACCUUUCUGAUCCGAAGGCUGCUGUCACAGUUGGGAGCUGCCAGCCCUCAGCUUUAGGUUGUUGGACAGUGUAUGUGAAUAUCGUACCCAGUCAUUCCAGAGAUGACUAAGCCAGGUUGUCUCUCUCUUCUCAAAAAGAAAAAAGAAAAAAAAGAAAAAGAAAAGAACCCAUUUCUCCAGCCUUUGAAAAAUGACAAGAUAAUUGGUGUCUUGCCUUAUCAGCUGAGAAUUUAAAGUUGCAAUUGCAGCGUGGGUAGGAAUGAAGAGAAGCCAGCUUAGAUGCUGCAGAUACAAUUAAUCUCCUAACUGGAUUUUUGGGCUGGUGCUGGUUCACGUCUUGCUGGUGUGGAACGUAGUCAGUUCACAGAUGUAAUACUGCUUUAUUUCUGGUUGAGACCAUGAGGAUUUUCUGAGCAUUAGUAUCACGCCUAUGCUUAAUUGCUCUUAACCAUCCCAGCCGCCUAUAAGGAGAUGCACCCCGAGAGGUCUCACACCCUGAAUAUGCUGCAGCCAGCAAGCAUGUGUUUCUGCAGUGGGCUAUUAGCAGUUGUCACUGCAGCACUUUCUCAACUUCAAUCUGCUCUUCCAACUAAUAAAAAGGGAAGUGCAGCCCCGGGGAGAAUUGUCUUUGCAAUCAGUGAAUUAUUUUCCUAGUAUCAAUCCAGUUGUGUAUUGUUUGUUGGGCAGCUCUGCACUGUUGGACGAUUCUUUGUAAUUCCCCUCUCAAUAUUCCUUUGUGGCUGAUAAAUUUGAAUAGUGUAAUCCAACUUAGAGCUUUGUAACUAGACUUUAAAUUAUUCAGGAAAUACUUAAGUGUGUAAGAACAUGCCUUAAGUACACACUUAAGUACUUCUGUCUCCUGCAAAGCAUCUGAGCUUCUGAUGAAGUCCUAUCAAACAGUGCUGUCAACAGUGUCUCUGCUGAGAGGACUGAAAACUGAUUAUCGCUUGUUUUUCUUCCCCUUUAGAAGAAAGGGGAUUUAAGGGGCUUUAAGAAGGAUAAGUAGAGACCUGUAAAAAGAGGUGUGCGGGAUGGAAUUAGAAAAUAACCGUACACGUGUGCAAAACUGAAUUAUACACAGAUGCAGUUGAGAUGCUAUGCGAGAAGUUAGCCUGGAAUUUCCAACCAGCUGUGUUGAAUAGACAGCCAUAAUUCUGUAAUGCAGGUUGUCACUUACGGAUGCCUGGUUCUGUGAUCUAUGGAGUGUGCAGGAGGCCAGGUCACUUUCCCACUUGAGAAAGCAGAUUUGGAAAUUACUAAACUGUCCACUAUUUCUCAAUGAAGUUACGUGAUCUAUUGUGGCCUCUGUUUAGGAAGCUGAAUGUUAGCAUCUCAACUCUGACAGUGUCCCAUCCCAAGCUUGCUGAACUUUCUAUACAACUGGAAGAGUAAGUUCUCGUGAAGCUCGCUCACAGAACUUCAUGGUUUUGUUCUUUGUUACCGUUUCAUGCUGGUGUCAUUUAGGAGACAUUUUAGUGGCAUAACUCUCAGAAACAUAUUUUCGUUUUCAGUUUGGUUAGUAGCCUUUCAUUAAACAUAGUUUGUGAUGCAUCAUGCACAUAGCUGCAGCGUGCUGUGAAAGGUUAGACUAGGAAAACAGGAAGUUUCUUAAUAGCUGCAUGUGGAGGCAAGAGAGCUCUGUGGCUCCAGUAAUGCUUUUAGUCCUGUCAAGACAGAUGUCAUCUCGCCUUACCAACUUGUCUGGGCCUAGCACUGAAGUACCCAGUACUCUUCCCUUGCUGCAAUUAGUCUGAAACUAGACACGUUUUGAAGUGAAAUCCCUUUCUGUAAGCCAUGGCUGCUCCUGGAGCAUCUCUUCCAUGUCAGGUAAUAUCAGUGGGUGGAGAAGUAUUAAGCUCUGGAGGUGGACAGGUGGAAUAAACAUAGAAUCAUAGAAUAUCCCAAGUUGGAAGGGUGGUGGUCCUGCCCCUGCACUCUGCACUGAUGAGACCUCACCUGGAAUAUUGUGUCCAGAUGUGGAGUCCUCAGUAUGGGAGAGACACGGACCUGUUGGAGCACAUCCAGAGGAGGGCCAUAAAGUAAUCCAAGGGAUGAAACACCUCCCCUGCAAGGACAGGCUGAGAGAGCUGGAACUGUCUCUGGGGAGGCCUGAGAGCAGCCUUUCAGUAUCUAAAGGGGGGCUGGAAGAAAGAAGGGGACAGACUCUUUAGCAGGGUCUGUUGUGGUAAGACAAGGGGAAAUGGUUUCAAACUAAAAGAGGGGAGAUUUAGAUUGGAAAUAAGGAAGAAGUUUUUUUACAGUAAGGGUGGUGAAGCACUGGCACAGGUUGCCCAUGGGGGUGGUGGAUCCUCAUCCCUGGAGACAUUUCAGGUGAGGCUGGACCAGGUGCUAAGCACCUGAUGGAGCUGUAGGUGUCCCUGUUCGUUGCAGAGAAGUUGGAUCAGAUGACCUUUGAAGGUCACUUCCAACUCAAACAACUCUAUGAUUCUAUGAUCAUCUAGUCCAAGCUUGAUUUCUCCAGAUUUUGCUGGAGUGGUGUUUAGAAGAAAUGCAUGCCAGUUUGUAUUAGCUAUUUCAGACUGUGGAGAAGUCACGUUUGGAGCAUCUGUAGAUUAUGAGCAUCUUUGCUCAAGUCAAUGAUAAUAAUGAUGCAUAAAACAUGCAGGAAGCAAGAAAAUCUACUGAUCUGUGCUGAAGUGCCAGUCGUUCCCCAGCAGACUCUUAGGGCUUGGUCCCACAACCCCCUUUCACAUUUGCUCAGGCCCAGGUCAUGGUCCAGUUCUUUGCCAACACAUCUGCUGGAGCCCAGCAUUGUCUUCAGCGUAGACAUGGAAGGAGUGAUCUUGCCAACACAUGGUGUGAUUUUACACCACCGUUACGGAAUGAAGAGCCUUUCUCUUAGUGUAGAAACACUCUGAUCGCUGUGGGUCGCAGGACUGUUCUUGCUGGUGAGUUUUUCUCCUGACUUCUCCCACACAACUGUUUUGUGCUUGAUUAAGUAGAAAACAAAACCUCUGUUACAAUGCAAAGAUGCUGAGAUUUUAGUCAGACAACUCUGCAGGCAGGAGCCAUGUGAUGCUGGCAGUUGGCAUAGAGGGAAUAAGUGUUAUUAACUUUAAUGUGAGCAUCAGUGCAGGAAGUGGGAAUCUAAUUGGCCAUUAAUGUUAUUUGCCUGUAUGCAAAAUAAAUUAUUUGUUGCCCAAAGGGCUUCUAACAGGGAAAUAGAUUUCUGCUAAUGAUUUCCUCAAAAAUGCUUGUCCACGUGAAGAGGUGCUCCUUGUACGAGCACCAUGAUCUUUCUUUUGAGGUAAAAAGAAAUGACUGAAGGCAAGCAGUAACCUGGUAUGCCAGAAAUCACUAUAGUUAUGAGUGCUUCUCCCAGGACUUGUAAAGCUGAGGCCCACAGGACCUUGCUCCUAGGCAUUAGGAAAUGAAGCGUAGAAAGACUUGAAGAAGCAGAAGCAAAUCCCAGCGGUGCCUUACCGGGCUGUGCCUGGCUCCCUUGGGCGCUCUGACUGGUCCCCCAGUGCAAACCCACUGCAGUCAGUGGAUUCUCUCACUGACAUCUGCACACUUGGGAGCAGGCAGGCUCUUUUCAUCUGUCGAGACCAGAAAAGUCUCAGAGUAUCACCAUUGGGUCUGUCUUGUCCAGACAAUGCAACUCGGUCAUUGCUGACAACUCUUCCUGUAAGAGGGCCUUACAGCUGGGACUUUUUUUUUUUUUAAGCUUUGGAAACUGAAACUAAUUUUUUUCAAAGGUAUAUUUUAUUUUUAAAAAGUAGAUUUUGGUGAUAGGAUUUUUUUAUUUUAUUUUAUUUUUUCUUUUCUCCUCCCUCUGCAUGUUACAAACCAGCGUUCCGGGGAGGUGUCCCUGUGUUUCCCACUCAUCUGUGAGAUAGCUCUCUCUGAGUCUCUCUGUAAAAAUGAGUCGAUGUCUUGUAAGUCUGCUUGUAUGCAUAACGAACAGUUGAGCUGGGUUGCUGUUCCGUACAAUUAGUGUUUCAACUGUCAUACUGCAAACAGCACAUACUGCACUCCUGUGCCACUGUAAUCUGCAUCACUGUUGUACUCAAGUCAAUGAAUAAAGUUUGAAGCUUUAUUCUUAA